ACAGGGCACUCACAUUCCUCUACUGGAUGGCUAGGACUACUGGAGCGACUGGAGCACCGGGGACUUUGAUCAAGACUGGCCAGAGCCGCAGCCUCGCUAAGGACGUGGCCUGCAUCCCUCCCAGCUACGACAGACUGCCCGAAUUAGCUGCUGCCGGUGUCCGGCAAGAUUAUCCCUUCCUGGGCGAACUCGCCGAAGCCUCGAAGCGUCUGCUCUUCUGGACAGAUAUCAGCAGCCAUCAGGCCAUCAUUCGGGCCCGAGUCGAUGGCAAUGAGCAUGUGGACCUGGAAGAAGUCACGACUCUGGUCUUACACGAACAGUCCGAUAUCCCAUGCGUAUCGAUAAAAAUCCGUGCUUCCAUGCACAUCUCGCUGGUCUCUGCCUUCGGGAGAUUUGUGUCGGACGAUAAGACCGGACUGGAGAGGAGCGCAAUCACACCUGUCUGCACAGUCGCACAAAGUGUUUCCACAUCUGCAUGGCCAGCGGGGUAUGACACGCAGUAUUCACGACGUAUGCUCGUGCCAGAUUCUGAUGCUCUGAUGCUACUGGAGGGCAAGGAGAACUACGGCGUCUAUCCGGACAGAUAAUUUUAAGUGGCGGGAGUAGUGACAUAAAGAACGACUGUAUAUCCGCCUUCUGGCGCUGUGACGAAAGGACUGCCCGGCGGAUCAGUUCAGCUGACAGUCAACCGAGGGCAGAGACAAGACUCUGAUCUGCGAUGGUACCAAAUAAGCACGGAAGAAGUCAAGCCUUCUACAUAUAUUCCCUGAGGCAAAUCCUGCUUUUAUGGCGAAGUUGCUAGCAUCUGGCUAUCCCGUUAACGAAACAGCAGUCAAGUUUUUAGCGGAGUGUGGUCGGAGAGGCAUGGGGAUCCGUGUACGUCGGACCAGAUAGAGCUACGUCGGAGCUCAGUUAAAGGUUGAGCUGGCCAACGCUUUCAGCAAUCUUGCGGGACCGGAUUUAUUUAUUUAUGGUAAUAAACUCAUUCCACACCACCCAAGAGGUC